AUGUCUUUCUUCUCGCAGCUGACGGGCGCCCUGACCAUGUGCAGCAGCCCGGACGUGCGGCCGGCGCGCGCGGCCGCAGAUCCGCCCCUGGGGCCCAAGGAAGCCCUCAAUCUUCUCAAGGCGCUUUGCUUUGAAACAGAGCCAGUUUUCGGGCGACAGCCGCACCACUGCCUGCAGGACGGCAACAGGCGCUUCCUGGAGGGGCGCCCGCUUGCCAACCGCACCAACUCAGUGAUUCGCAAGGAGCUGGUGGCGCAGGGCCAAGCCCCGCACACGGCGAUCGUUGGCUGCGCGGACUCUCGCGCCCCCCUGGAGACUAUCUUCGACACCAUGCCAGGUGACAUCUUCGUGCUGCGCAACGCUGGCAACACCUGCACGGCAGAGGGCAGCAUCGUUGGCAGCUUGGAGUUCUGCACGGGCAAUUUGGGCAGCCGCUUGGUGCUGGUCCUAGGCCACACAAAGUGCGGUGCUGUCUAUGGGGCCACAAAGACGUUUCUGGAUGCCCAGGGUCCCCUCAAGAAAGCUGGCUCUGCGCUGCAAGGGCUUCUGCAGGACCAGGCCCAGGAGGAAAUGGGUCCUGGCGCGGACUCCGAUGCCAUCGCGGCCCACGCGGUCAAGGUGAACGUCUUCCACACCAUGAACUUUCUGCUGAGCUACAGUGAGUCCAUCCGUGAGGCUGUGAGAAGCGGUCAGAUCGAGAUCCACGGUGGCAUCUACGAUCUGGAGACAGGCUGUGUGGAGUUCUGGGAGGAGCCCGCAGCAGGCCCACCUUCCAUGUCGAGCGGCGCAGCAGCCGACCACGGCAUGCACGGCGUCCGUACUGGGGCGGACGUUGCAGUGAAGCCCGAGGCGGCACUGAAGCUGCUGCAGCAGGGCAACGAGCGCUUUGCUGCAGGCGCGCCCACAGCAGCGACUAUUUCCAGGGGACAUGCGCCAGACCUUGGUGAAGUGCGGCCAGGCGCCCCACAGCGCCAUCCUUGGCUGUGCGGACUCGCGAGUGCCCGUCAACACCGUCUUCGACGCGAUGCCCAGAGACCUCUUCGUGCUCCGCACUCAUGCUGCUCGGUGAUCCAGGUAACUGACUAG